UGCAGGGCUGCGAGCGACCAUUCCUUCCGUGACGUUGCUGCCCGCAGGCGCCCGGCGCAGCCAUGACCACCUCGGCCUUGCGCCGGCAGGUGAAGAACAUCGUGCACAACUACUCGGAGGCGGAGAUCAAGGUGCGCGAGGCCACCUCCAAUGACCCAUGGGGGCCCCCCAGCUCCCUCAUGUCCGAGAUCGCGGACCUCACCUUCAACACGGUGGCCUUCGCCGAGGUCAUGGGCAUGAUCUGGCGGCGGCUCAACGACAGCGGCAAGAACUGGCGCCACGUCUACAAAGCGCUCACGCUCCUGGACUACCUCAUCAAAACGGGCUCCGAGAAGGUGACCCACCAGUGCCGGGAGAACCUCUACACCAUCCAGACCCUCAAGGACUUCCAGUACGUGGACCGGGAUGGCAAGGACCAAGGCAUCAACAUCCGGGAGAAGGUGAAGCAGGUCAUGGCGCUGCUCAAGGAUGAGGAGCGGCUGAAGCAGGAGCGGGCGCACGCGCUGCAGACCAAGGAGCGCAUGGCCCUGGAGGGCAUGGGCAGCGGCAGCCACCAGCUCUCCUAUGGCCGCCGCGCUUCGCCCUACGGCGACGACUACGGGCGCACGCGGGGCUCGCCGUCCUCCUUCAACUCCUCGUCCUCGUCGCCGCGCUUCGCCUCGGACCUGGAGCAAGCGAGGCCCCAGACCACGGGCGAGGAGGAGCUGCAGCUGCAGCUGGCACUGGCCAUGAGCCGCGAGGAGGCCGAGAAGGAGGUGAGGGCUUGGCAGGGGGAGAACUCCCUGCUGCAGAGAGCCUUGGAGGAGACUGCCCAGGGCGGGGAGGAAGAGGAGGAAGAAGAUAAGAUGAAGAAAAGCCAGUCUUCUAUUAUGGAGCUGGCAGAUAUAUUUGGGCCGGCGCCAGCACCUCCCAGCCACACGUCUGACCCGUGGGAUGUGGCAGAUCUGAAGCCCAAAGCGGAGCCGGCAGCCUCCGCGUGGGCCGGCGGGGCCGAUCCCUGGGUCCCGCUCCCGGCCGCGGAGCCGCUGUCCCAGCCGCCAGCGUCAUCCCAGCAGCCCUCCGCCGGGCCCUGGGACUUCCCCGCUGCUGCCUCCUCCUCCUCCUCCUCCUCUGAUCCCUGGGGAAAGACGCCCUUGCCUGCCGGCUUCUCCUCUGCGGACCCCUGGGCGAAGGCAUCGCCACCUGCUCAGGCUCCCGGCGCCGCGCCGGCUCCUGAUCCCUGGGCUGCUGUCACUGACCAACCUCCUAACCCGGCCUCGGCUGGAGACGCUUUUGACCUGUUUGCAAAGGCGCCGGAGCCAGGCGAGCAGCCGGAGCAGGAGCAUCCGCAGCCGUCCUCCUUGGCCAAGUCCAGCAGCCCCGUAGAGCUGGACCCCUUUGAGGAGCUGUUCCCCGGCGCCAAGCAGAACGGGACGAAGAGCUUCGACCUGGCCAGCCUGGCAGACUCGCUGCCCGAGUCCUGCAAGGAGAGGAAGGACUGCAAGACCCCCGAGGCGUUCCUGGGCCCCGCCGCCUCCUCCCUGGUGAACCUGGACUCGCUGGUGGCUCCGCCGCAGGCCACCAAGACGCGCAACCCUUUCCUCUCGGGUCUGAGCACGCCGUCGCCCACUAACCCAUUCAGCGUGGCCGAGCAGCCCAAGCCCACGCUCAACCAGAUGCGGACCGGCUCGCCCGUGCCCGGCCUCGCCGCUGGCGGCCCCGUCAACUCCAUGACGUACAGCGCGUCGCUGCCGCUCCCGCUGAGCAGCGUUCCCGCGGCCCUCCCCGCCUCCGCCAGUGCCUUCCCGCAGGCCGGAGCCGGGCCCUUUCCCGAACUCCCCGGCAACCUCCCGCAGCCACUGCUGCCGCUGAGCGGCUCGGCCGGGCCGCCGCCGCCCGCCCAAGGGGGGCUCAACCCCUUCCUCUGAAGCCCCUGGGCACGUGUAGUCCCUCUCUCGCCCCUUCCUCGGCUGUUACAGACACCCCGGCGUUUCCUUGUGCAAAGACCUUCAGGGCAAGCGGUUCACUAGCUGCAAACGGAGGAUGCCUCAGUUUUGCAACAAGUCCUAUCCCAGCACCUGGCCAGGUCGCGGACAGAGCCAGCAUGAAUGUCCUCGCUUGACGUGCUAGAGAAAGAGCCCGUCCCCGCAUGGUGGGGGAAGGACGGCCAGAGGCGCCGGCGGCAGCGC